AUGGACGGGGAGCUUGUGAAAAAUUUGUUAGAAUCUAUACAGAAGACGCUUUCAGCAAAUCGACGCCAUGAUGAUGUUGUACUACCUGUCUUCCACCCGGAGAAAAUGCACAACGGUGCAGAGAGCUGGUGUAAGAAUAUUGAAGAUCUUGGUGGAGAAUUUGAGUGGAGCAGUCUGCAAAUGGUGGCGAAAGCCGGUAAGGCCCUUCGGGGCUCUGCUUUUACUUGGUUUGAAACAUGGGAACCAGAACAUCGUGACCGAGAUUUAGUUGAUCUGUUCCCAAGUAUGAAAAAUUUGACAGAAACAUUGACAAAAGCCGUUUUGUAUAAUUCUGAGUCUGCAGAGACUUAUGCUGAAUAUGCCAGAGAUAAAAUUCUGCUUUUUAAAGACUAG